AUGACUAGGGUACUGAGGAUACGGAACGGCCAGGCGCUGGGGAGCUUCAGGAAGAGGCCGGAUGGCACGGACGACAUCAGCCACUGGGAGCUUCCCGCGGCGGCGGGGCCGGCGGAUAGCGCCGACGUCGCCAACCUCGAGGAGGCGGCCAGGCACCUGCGGCAGACGGACGUCCCCGUGGGCUUCCCUACGGAGACGGUGUACGGCCUCGGCGCGGACGCCACGAGGAGCGCGGCCGUCAAGGGCAUCUACGCGGCCAAGGGCCGGCCGUCGGACAACCCCCUCAUCGUCCACGUCUGCGACCUCGAGAUGCUCGCAGAUGUAAUGCGCGGGUUCCGCCGCGCUGGCGAUGAUGAUGGCGAUGCUGUUACUGCUGUCGGCGCAAACGGCGCAUCCUCUGGCCUUACUCAAAGGGCGCCCAUCGACCUACUGCCCGCCAUCUACAGACCCCUCGUCGAGCGCUUCUGGCCGGGCCCGCUCACGCUGAUCCUGCCGAACCCGCGGCCGUCGAGGCUGGCGCCCGAGGUCACGGCCGGCCUCGCGACGUUCGGCGCGCGCAUGCCGGCCUCGCCGCUGGCGCGGUCCCUCAUCAAGCUCGCCGGGGCACCCCUGGCCGCGCCCUCGGCCAACGCCUCGACCAAGCCCUCGCCCACCGCGGCGCAGCACGUCCUCGAUGACCUGGACGGGCGCAUCGGCGUCGUGCUCGACGGCGGUCCGUGCAGCGUCGGCGUCGAGAGCACCGUCGUCGACGGCCUGUGCGACCCGCCCGUCGUGCUGCGCCCGGGCGGCGUGAGCCUCGAGGAGCUGCGGGCGUGCCCCGGGUGGGAGGGCGUGGAGAAGGCGUACAGAGACAGGGCCGAGGACGGCAACGCAGGAAGUAGUGCGCCCAGGGCGCCCGGCAUGAAGUACAAGCACUACAGCCCCAAGGCGCGGGUCGUGCUCUACGAGGCCUCCGUCCGGCCGCGCCUGGUGGCGGGCGACGUGCGCGAGGCGGCGGAGAAGGGCGCGGACGACGACGGCGACAGGCUGGCCGUGAGCCCGAGGAUCGGCAUCGUCCGGACGGGCAGGUGGCCCGAGGCGGCGGGCGCGAGCGGCGUGCAGCUCGAGGCCAAGCAGCGGAUCAGCGAGGACGUGGCUGCCGAGGUGGCCACGGGUACGAGCGAGGAGACGCCGGCUCUGAGCUACGUCAUCCGGGAGGGCGCGCUGAGCGACGCCAAGGGCCGGCAGGUGGCCGAGGUGCUCGACGUGGACCUCGGGAGCGACACGCGCGGCAUCGCGCAUGGCUUGUUCUCGGUCCUGCGCGAGCUGGACAGGCGGGAGGUGGACGUCAUCUUCGUCGAGGGCAUCCGGGACAGGGACGACAUCGCCGCGGCGGUCAUGAACAGGCUCCGCAAGGCGGCGUCUCAGAUCAUCAGAUAG